UAGUGGAGGCCCAUUUUUACCCACAGCGGGCUAUAUUCCUUAUAACACCGACUUCUCUCCAGUAUUCGAAAUCACAUUCAUAUAUGAAUUCAUUGCUGUUUUAUGUAGCGGAGUCAUGAAUACUGGGGCACUGUCUUUGAUUGAAGGUCUGAUCAUGGUAGUCGGAGCCGAACUAAGAACUCUGAAUGAUUCUUUGGAGAACCUGAAGGAGUAUUCAGAAUCCACCAUUGGAGUAUAUGGCAAAGGCUGUUAUCAACUGGCUUCUGAAGAACUUGACAGGAAGAUGAUCGAAAAUCUCAUAGAUUGUCUCAUCAAACACAAAUAUAUCAUAGGGUUCUUAAAUGAAAUAUCAUUCAUAUUUGGCAAGGCCCUAUUAGUUCAGUAUAUGAUCAUUGUACUUAUGUUGUGCACAGCGUUGUUUGAAAUGACAAAGGUUCCUGUAGGAAGUGUUCCGUUUUUCUCUUACAUUUGCUUUCAAUAUUGCUCAGUUACUGGAAUAUUUGUAUUGUGUUAUUUUGGAAAUGAAGUUAUAGUAGAGAGUACUAGAUUAACCUCUUCGGCUUACAGUUGCGAUUGGACUGGGUGCUCCCAAACAUUCAAAAAGCUUCUUCUUAUCUUUAUGAUCAGAUCUCAAAAAGGACUAGAACUAUAUGCUGCUAAUGUGUUUUCCAUAUCAUUGGAGAACUUUUUGAAGAUUAUGAAAUCGGCGGUUUCGUACUUUACAGUCCUCCAGCAGUUCAGUGAUGAAAUGGCCUGAAGAGAUACGUUGAC